GAUUUCCGGUUCCGGUUAGGCAAAUUUCCGGAUCCGGUUAGUUCGAGUUCCGGUUCCGGUGAGUCUAGUUCCGGUUCCGGUACGGAUCCCCACGAGAGUCAAAGCGACUCGAACCGCCGGCACCCCCACCCACGUGACGGCGCCGGAAGCCACGCCCCUUCGGCCGCUGUCAUGUGACCGCCGCCCGCCAAGGGGGACGCAGCCCGGCCAUGCUCUCCCAGAUCUUCAUCCUCUCCUCCAAGGGUGACCGCCUCAUCCACAGAGACUUCCGCGGGGAGACCCAUGGCGCCGGCGCGGACCUCGCCGACGUUUUCUACCGCCGCAUCACCUCGCUGCCAGGGGACCAGGCGCCCGUCUUCAUGGCACACGAGGGCCGCCAUUUCGUCCACGUGCGACACGCGGGGCUUUACUUUGUGGCAACGGCGACGCCGGACGCGGCACCGUUUGCUUUGGUGGAGUUUCUGAACAGGCUGGUGACGCUGCUGCGGGAUUUUUGCGGGCCACUGAGUGAGAAGAACGUGGGGUUGAACUUCGGGCUGGUCUACGAGCUGCUGGAUGAGAUGGUGGACUACGGCUACAUCCAGACGACGGCGCCCGAGGUCCUGCGCAACCUCGUGCACUCCGAGCCCGUGGCCACCAAACCCUUCAGCCUCCUCGACCUGGGCUCCAUCGGGCUGUUCGGCGCCGAGACGCAGCAGAGCCGAGUGGCCCCCAGCUCCGCAGCCAGCCGCCCCGUGCUGCCGCCCCGGGGAGGGGAACAGAGCGCCAGGAACGAGAUCUUCGUCGACGUGGUGGAGAGGCUGACGGUGGUCAUCGCCGCUAACGGGACCCCCAUGAAAGUGGACGUCCAGGGGGAAAUCCGGCUCAAGUGCUACCUGCCUGGUUCCGUGGAGCUGCGCAUCGGGCUGACGGAGGAAUUCUGCGUGGGCAAGUCGGAACUACGGGGUUACGGCACGGCCGUCCGGGUGGACGAAUGCGCCUUCCACAGCUCGGUCAAGCUGGAUGAAUUUGAGAGCGGGAGGGUCCUGAAGGUCACCCCAAAUCAGGGGGAGCUGACGCUGAUGCAGUACCAGCUGGCUGACGACAUCCCGGCGCCUCUGCCCUUCCGCCUCUUCCCCAGCGUGGAGCAGGACCCCCCCCGGGGCAGGCUCCGGUUGUACCUGAAGCUCCGCUGUGACCUGCCCCCAAAAGGUGCGGGGGGGGGGGGCCAAGCCCUCAAUGUCUGCCUGCAGCUGCCCGUGCCCAAGGGGGUGAGCAGUCUGGCGCAGGAGCUGAGCAGCCCGGAGCAGACGGCGGAACUGCAGCCCAGCACCAAAUCCAUCCGCUGGACCAUCCCCCGCUGCCAGGGGGGGUCCCAACUCUCCGCCCUCUUCAAGCUGGAGGUCCCGGGACUGACCCGCGCGUCCCUGUUGGAACUGGGUCCCGCGAACUUGACCUUCGAGCUGCCGACGCACACGUGUUCGGGUUUACACGUCCGAUUCGUUCGAUUCCCGGGUUCGACCCCCUGCCCCCCGCAACGUUGGGUCCGGUACCUCACCCACAGCGAUUCCUACGUCCUGCGACUCUGAGCCCCCAACACCCCCCCCCCCCCCCCCCCCAAAAAAAACCCCGGGAUCCCACACCCCUAAUUUAUUGGGGGGGGGGAAAUCACCCUGUGAGCCUCAGUUUGCCGGUGCCGAGCAAUGGCCCCAUUCCCGCGGGAAUCAGGCCCCGCCCCCUCGGUGGGUGGGGCUGUGUCAGGCCCCGCCCAUGUGCGCGCGCGGAGCCCCGGCCCCGCCUCCUCCAAUCUGGUUUGGUGGUAACUAUGGCAAUAAAAAAAAAAAAAAAGC